UAUCAUUGUUUUACUCUGAAUUCCAAAAUCAUUUUUCAGAUUAAUCUAAGUGGACGUCAAUGGCUCUUCAACACCACACACUCGACGGAAUCUUUGCCAGUGUUGUGUCUUCGUUAUGACGUCGAUGGUCUCGUCUGGCAACCAAAGAACAUUGUCAGUGAAGGAGAGGACGAACAUUUCAAGUUAGAACACAUCGCCACGUAUCCGGCUCUAGGAUACGUUGUGGCAUCCAAGCAAGAUAGGAAGUUCAUUUCCGGAUCGCAGGACUUUAGCUUUGCCGCAGUCUGUGACAGCAUCAGACAUGUUUACAUUUACAGGCAGCCGGAAAGUCUCAGUUCCUCCAUAGAAUUGCGAAACCGUAAGACGGGAAAGGAAAUAUCGCACAUUGCCAAGCAAUACGUUGUCAAUUUGGAGAACUGUGCUGGGAUUUUAGGUUUUCAGGCGAGUAAAAAUUGCAUCUUUGUUCUGGGAAGGAAGACUUUAUAUGCUAUUAAAAUAAUGGAAAGUUGAUUGUACUUUAUCUUUCUUAGUAAAUAAAAACUGCAGUCAAUCAUCAAGAGUCAAUUACUUUGUAUUCUGUAUCAUCCAUUAAAAUUAUGGUUUCAUUUAGUUUUUCUUUUUUAAAAAUUCAAACUUAAGCCAUUUUAAAUUAAUUUUUUCAUUCAAAAGGUUUGUCAAAAUUAAUGUAAACAUUAUCAAGUAAAAUAGUCAAUAAAGAAAAAAUGCAAUUAAGGUUGGAUAUACCAAAGUGAAAUGACUGUUUUGUUGUUUAUUGGUGCAAAUUUGAUCAAAAAUUGCCUUAGAUAAGAUUUACUUGUACAUGAUGUGUGAUCAAAUAAACUUGAACUUAGUGGUAUUAAUUAUUGCAAACAAAUAUUACUGGUUUGCUUGGACAAUUUUUUAGAAGGAAUUAAUACCCAGUACCUUACAUAAUACAGUCAACCCCCCCCUAUAGUUCGGAUUCCUAUAUGACGGCGAAAAAAUUGCGACAGUAUCCGUACAAACAUG